AUGCGGGCCUUCCAUCUCUCCUGGCUCUCAUUCUUCGCCUGCUUCGUCUCCACUUUCGCCGCGCCUCCUUUACUCCCAAUCAUCCGUGACAAUCUCAACCUCACCGCCGCCGAAAUCGGGUACGCCGAAAUCAGGUACGCCGACAUCGCCUCCGUCACCGGCGCCGUCGUCGCUCGCAUCGCAAUGGGUGCCGCCUGCGACACGGUGGGACCCCGGCUCGCCUCCGCUUCCCUCGUCCUGAUCACAGCUCCGGCGGUGUUCUUCACUCCCACGGUUUCCUCCCCUGUUUCGUUCGUCGUCGGAACGGCCAACGGGGUCGCCGCCGGGUGGGGGAACCUCGGCGGCGGAGCCACUCAGCUCGUCAUGCCCUUCGCCGUAACCCUAAUCCGUCGCUCCACUGGGGCGGCCAAAUUCACCGCCUGGAGGAUUGCUUUCUACGUCCAUGGUCUGUUCCAGAUGCUGACGGCCUUCGCCGUCUUGAUCUUCGGCCAGGACUUGCCCGAUGGGAAUUAUCGAUGGCUGGAGAAUUCAGGGGACGAAAUCCCCCAAAUCCUGUUCCAUGGAGUUAGGAAUUACAGGGGAUGGAUUCUGGCUCUGACUUAUGGGUACUGCUUCGUGGUGAAAUUGACGGUGGAUAAUGUGAUUGCCGAGUAUUUCUAUGACCGAGUCAAUUCAUUGGGAGGCUCCAUUAUUGUCAUGAUCCUUUUCUCGUUCUUCUGCCAAGCUGCUUGUGGCCUAACCUUUGGAGUCGUGCCCUUUGUCUCCAGAAGGUCGAUAGGGUUAAUCUUGGGCAUGACAGGAGGAGGAGGAAAUGUGGGAGCGGUGAUAACUCAGCUGGCAUUCUUCAAAGGGUCAAAAUAUUCCAAGGAGAAUGGAAUCACAUACAUGGUAAUAAUGAUCAUUUGCUGCACUCUCCCUCUAUGUUUGAUCAACUUCCCGCAGUGGGGUGGUAUGUUUUCGUCCUGUUGA